AUGAAAAUUCCGACAAUCGCCAUUCUGGCGGCCCUUGGGGGUCUUCAGACAGUCGUUGCUCAACAAGUCGGCAACACAAUGAUAUGGGUUGAUGCGACAACGUGUGACCCUUGGGCGAAGUCUAAUGGCUUUCCGGCUGCUGCUGGCUCUGGUGGCCUCUUCACUACUGCUCUUGGUAUCCUUCAGAACAUUGUAGAUGCAAACUUUUAUCGCAUGUUAAACCCUAGCAAGCAGUCGCUAGCGACACUUCCUGCCAAUGUUCUUGCUUGGGAGAGAUAUCGACUGAAUUCAACCUACGACGCUUUCUUCGGCAACAAUACAAAUACGACUAGAGGAUCGCAAGGCGUUUGGAAUGCAGGAUUCGCACUUUCGGGAGUCCACUAUCUAUGGGCACCUUCCAAUGGCAAACCGGUUCAAAUUUUCGUGGCCUGCGAUGAUGCCCCGUACCUGUCGAAGAACAGCAGCGGCAACGUCUUUUACACCGACCCUUUCUACCAUUCCACAAUCCCGCUCAAUGGCGAUCGCCCUACUACAACUCAAGAAGUCACUAGUGGGUGCGCAACAAACGGCCGGUCAGGAUACAGAAACAAGAAUACAAUACAUUGGUUUCAAAAUAUUAUCCUCUGUACCAAGAACAUGAAUCUGCCCCUGGGCUUUACAAGCAAAGGACUUACUGCAUUUGGGAGUGGUACGACGCUUGAUGUGGCGGGUAAGAGUUGGAUCGGCGCCCUUUUCACACAGGCCUUGUGGAGUACCGGCAUAGUUGGAUUAACUCCUUCCCCACAUGGUUUUGCUGCGGUACAUGCCAUAAGGAACACCAGGGAUGUUUUAUACAAUCCCGACGCUCAUAAGUUUUUUACUUUCUCCCUAAUUCUUGAUAAUUUAUUUUGGGGUUCUGGCGUUGGCCAAACGCCACAGCAGGAAUAUACAAGCUUGCAGAAGACUGCUGCUGGUAAGAGAAUAAUUGAUGCCUUUGGCCUUACUAAUAUUACAGUGCCAGCUAGGGGUGUCAAUUGGAUAUCUGGAUGGACACCACCGCCUAUGUUGGGUAAAGAUGCCGCUAAUGUAGGGGCAAUCCCAACAGCUUAA